CAAAGAAAACGACGAGGUCGAAGCGCGCCUGCCUGUUUCAUUCGUCCGCUGCCCAGCGGCAGCCGCGACAGCGACGACGGUGAAAGCGGCGGCGGCGGCAAUGUGGCCUUCCCGUACCUGCGCACCUCCGUCGGACCGAUUCCACACCUGACCCGGAAAGAAAUUUCUCCUCAGCGGAGUCUUGUCGGAUAACGCCUUCGCGCGCUGCCGUGCGGCGCCCAAUCACACCGCCGCCGUAAGACAUCGCGUGAGACGCCUUCUCUGCAUUGCCUCGCUCUCGUCACCCGCGGGGACGCCACCACGCUCGCGAUAUGCUAAAUCGGAGCACCUCCGGCGCGACGCGGAUGGCGGUCGCCGUCGCGGCGAUCCUGGCGCUCUCUGCGUGCCGCGCGGAGCUGGACAAGAGGCAGCUGGACCUCCUGGACAAGGCGGACAGGAGCAACAUCGCGCCCGACCUGAUCGAGACCAUCCCGAGGGCCAUCUUCGAGGCGCGCUUCAAGGCGGGCGAGAUAGCCAUGGGCAACCAGUUCAGCGUGCAGCAGGCGUCCGCCCCGCCGUCGUUCGUCGAGUUCCCGAGAACCGCCGGCGCGGUGUACGCCAUCGCCAUGGUGGACCUGGACGCGCCCAGCGCGCGGGACCCCAAGUUCCGGCCCGUCCUCCACUGGCUCGUCAUCAACGUGGAGGCGGGAGACGUCAAGGGGCCCGUCAACUACAACAGGGGUAACGAGCUGUACAAGUACCGCCGCCCCAAGCCUCCGAUGGGAUCGGGUCGGCACCGGUACGUCUUGCUGGCGUACAAGCAGUACAGGACCAUCGAGGCGCCUCGGACGCUGGUCGUGCCGUCGGACAAGAGGAGGAACUUCAACAUCGGCACAAGCACGGGGCCGCGGGGAGCGCCACUGGGCACAGGAGAACGACAUCCCAGAGCGUGCCCAGCGCUCGUGAAUGCGCGAGACCCGCGAGAACGCGCGCCGCCGAACCCGCCCAUCGACCAGCCGUCGCCAGCGCCAGCAGCCGGGUCCUCGCCAGGGAGCCGCCGACGCGACCGCGCCGCCAAAAUGGCCGCUACCGCCCGCCCCACCAAGAAGGCCGUGCAGCAGCGGCCGAAGACGCCGCCUGCGCCAACGUCGCCGGCGCCGCCGAAGGCCCUCUCGGCGACCACGCUCAGCGCCAUGGAGACGCUCGUGCCCGACGUGAUCCCCAAGCUCGCCAAGCAGGUGGUCGCCGUCACCUUCAAGCGGGACGUGGAGGUUCGCAUGGGGAACCAGCUCACCUGCGAUCAGACGUGCAAGGCGCCCGAAAGGAUCUCGUUCCAGGGGCCCGCGAGCGCCUUCUACACUGUGAUGAUGAUCGACCCGGACGCGCCGAACUCACUGUCCCCGCGGCUGCGGCACUGGCGCCACUGGCUCGUCAUGAACGUGCCCAACAGCUGCGACGUCAAGGCCGGAGACACGAUCAGCGAGUACCAAGGACCGAGCCCGCCCAGGGGAUCGGGACUGCACCGGUACGCGAUUCUCGUCUACUCUCAGGGGACCAACCGCAUCAGCGAGAGGGACGCCUCCGUGCCAGAUGCCCGCGGAAUGUUCAACCUGGCUCGCUUCGUGGCCGACAACAAGCUGGGAGACCCGCUGGCCGUCAACUACUUCGUGUGCGAGAGGACAUCGCCGCCCUCGACCCCACCGUCGUAAGCAGCGCCGGUCGGUGCUGGCUCUGCCUCGUCACCUCGUUGUGCGCGAGACGAAAGGAGCUGGCUACACCUGGCGACGUGUCGGCCUGGGACACAUGAAGGCGAAUACGGCGUAAACAGUAAAUUUCGGCCACUUGAGUGCGUGCAGGGCGGAGAAAUUGGGCAGUUUUUUUUUUUUCUUCGGGUGAAAGGCGAUGGACGUCUGCGUGGUAACCGAGGGCGCUGGCUUGGCGGAAAGCAAAUCACGUCGGGGACCUUUUCCAGAUGAGACGUUUCGAAGGAGUGCCAUUGGUCCUGCGUGGGAGUGACAAGUUCGUCGGUGUGUGGUCUUCGGCGUCGCGCGGAACGUCGCGCACAACGUUCGGCAAGAAAAAGCCGAGCUUCUCGGGCAGCCCGUGGGACCACAUGGCUCUAAAUUAAGAAUAAAUAUUCGCGGGCUAAGCAAAGGCUUUGUCGAGUAGACCACUGAAAA